CUUUGUUGACGUGAACAGAUACUCGAUUUUUAUAAUUUUUUAUUGAAUUUUACGCAAAAUAAAUAAAAUGUCGGCACAAAAUGUUAAUGUUUGUGAUAUAACAGAGGACGUGAAGGAGACUCUGAAGAAAUUUCGCUUUGCGAAACACAGUUCUACUGCUGCUUUGAUAUUGAAGGUCAACAGAGAGAAGCAGGUACUGGAAGUCGACGAGGAGCUGGAAAAUGUCGAACUUGAAGAGCUGCAGGACAUCUUGCCUUCGCACCAACCCAGGUUUAUUGUAUACAGUUACAAAAUGGACCACAGCGACGGGCGACAGUCAUUCCCUCUCUGUUUCAUAUUCUACACUCCACGAGACGCACAUAUGGAGCUGCAAGUAAUGUACGCGGGCACUCAACGCGCUCUAGCGGCAGAGGUGGGCGCUCCGCGUUUGUUAGAAGUGAGAGAAAUCGACGAGCUCACCGACGACUGGCUCAAGGAAAAGCUUACCAGAUAAAUACGCUUUAUGUACCUUUAAAACGCUGUUUAGAAUUUACUGCGUAUAUAGUAAUUUUUAAACACGCCAAAAAACCUAGUGAACCAUUACAAAUAGAUAUUCUGAAAUCAUAAAAAGAACAAUGCCCAUUUUGGACUGGCACAUUUUUUUAUCGCCACCGGUUGAAAAUUUAUAUCCACCUAUGCGUUACAAAAUAAUAUAAGAUUCAUUCGUAAAACUUUGAAAUAAGUUGGAGAAAAAGAGAUAUGAAUUUUUAAAUAUAACUUUUUUGUAAAAAGAAAACCGACGUCAAAAGUUCGUGGAAAUGCAUCUAUUUGCCAAGUUUUAAUGAAAUCGGUUACGGAAACUACGCGAAACCGGUUUUAUCCCCUAGUUUGCCACCCUUAGAGGCGGAAUAUUUUGUUCUAAUAAAUAAAAAAUUUAGGUCACAAUAUUUUUUUUUAUUAUUUUGUUAAGCUCCUUAUUUCAAGCUUACAUCUAGCACAAAAAUUGAGGCUGGUUAUUUUUUUCUGUGAAUAAAGUACCAAACUCCAUACUAAUUCGGUACAAGUCCUUUAUUAAAGUAUUUCGUUAAUUUGUUAAUUAUUAACAUAACCUCAAAAAGAAAAUGUUGCUUAAAUCAAGUUCUCUAGUUAAAAAAAUAUAAAUCCCGUAUAAUUAUAAACUAUAUGAAACUAAAAAUAAAUCCCCGCAUAUGUGAUUGAUUGUCAUCAUCUUUUUUUUAGCUCGUCCAGGACUGUAGGAAACUUGGGCAUUGUUCUUUAAGAUUACUUUCUAUUAUUCCAAACCGUACAUUAAGGUUCCAUUUCCAUUACCGCAAAACAGAAGGAAAACGAUUUUAACCAUGACAGGAUGAAUGUAUGUCAAUUGUGCAACGUAGAAACCAGAUAUGAAUGAAAAAACCACGCGUCUUUUGUAUGAUUUUUCGUACUUACUGAAAGAGCCAAGACUUACCUCAUGAAGGCGCCUCGCACAUCCAGCAUUGAGUUUAUGUAAUGUCACAGUUUCGUAAUUCAUGUCCAUCGAGUAAAUAACCACAAAUAGAGACGAAAUGUUAUUUCAUUUGUUUGAAAACUAUUCUGCCAAAUCAUUACGGUGACAACUGCGCUCCGAUUGGCCGGCCCGAAUUCGAAACAAUUGACGGGUGUCGUCAAUUGUUU